CCGCGAGCGCUCGCAGAGCAAGGAACCAACGCUAGGUGUGAUACAACACGUCAUCUAGACUUGACUUGAACUACUGUAUAAACAAUGAAUGGACUGGACUGCCGAGUUCCGAUUGUAAAUAACGUCACCUUGGAGAGGGACAGGUUAACCGAUCUGGUAGGUCACUAUUUUUUGGUACUUUGAAACUGUCGAGACUUUCUGCAAGUCAGCUUGUCCAUCUAUUAUUCUUAUAGCGAGAGAGAUUAACGCCAUCAACAUGGCGACUAUGGCGUCGUGGGACAUCUUUCUUUGCGUGUUGUACGGGUUCAUUGCUGUUGCCAUCAUCGCUGGUAACGGAUUCUGUCUCGCCGUGCUUCGUGGUGUCAACAGCAUCCAGAGGCCCACUAAGUUUAUGAUUGGCUCCCUGUCGGUGGCAGAUCUCUGCUUUGGGAUCUUUGUAGUUGUACCAGUCAUUGUGGCACUAGCCCUGGAUGAUCUGCCGAGCCAGAGGGCAAGCUUCUGUACCUUCUUCGCCUUCGCCGUCAUCCUCUUCCCGAGGGCAAGCAUCGCUUGCAUCUUAGUCAUCAACCUGGAUCGUUUCGUGGCCAUCAACCGGCCGUUGCACUACCGCGAUUUGGUAACCAUGCGUCGAGCCUACCUAGCAGUCGGUGCCGUCUGGUUCCUGUCCUUCACACUGACCUGCCUAUUCGGCUUCCUGCCGGGCAGCUCAACCGUCUACCAUGGCCAAUUCCACAUGUGCUUCUUCAGGUUCGCGGGAGGAAGCAGCUUCGUCGUAACCAACGUGCUGAUUGUAGUCAGUGUGGCCAUCCCGAUCGUGGUCAGCAUCGGCCUGUACAUCUUCAUCGUCAAGAUUGCCCGUGGUCACGUCAAGCGAGCCAACUCAGCUUCUCAUAGCAUAGACCUGGCUAUGCUGAGUGGUGCCCAGUCCGCCCAGGCUCCACCUAACCCAGCCGCUAAGCCAAACACCAAGGCUGCUUUCACCUUCCUGAUCGUCACAGCUGGCUUUGUGGUUGCCUGGCUGCCAUUCCUGGCUAUCCUUCUCCACGAAGGUCUGAAGAACGACAUCGUCCCACGCUGGCUGGCUGACAUCUCCCAGAUAGCUGUCUUCACCAGCAGCUGCUGGAAUGUAGUCAUCUUCUACAUCAGAAAUACUGGGUUCCGCAAGAGGGCACGAGAGCUUCUCAGGCUGAGGGAUUAGACCAGGGGCUUUUCCCCGGAAAGCCACAGUUUCGUCGCUGGCUUCACUCUAGUACAGGCCUUGCUUAAACCAAUCGCAAAUUCUGCUAUAACUUUGGACUCAUAUAAAUCACAGGACUUGAUGUUACUGUAGCGGACAAUUGUCAAUUUGGGUAUAAUAAUAUUUCAUGCAGUGAGGUGCCUGUAAAGAGUGAAGUCUAUGAAACUGAGUAAUUAUCAAAGUGGUGAAUUACUGGGUGAAAAAAAUAAAUCACCCAAGCGAACAUGGAAACCAUAAUAUGGCUGUGUUCCCCCAUAACAGAACUGAACAUAAUGACGUCACGCGUUGUUUACAUGUGCGCUGUCUUAGGAACCAGGUGGAGACGAGAGGCAAAAGGCAUCCAAUAAGGAAGCGCGCCUGUGAACAAAAACAUUACGUCAUUAUGUCUCAGGUCUGUUGAUAUAGCUCCAAGAUGACCCGAAUUGUAUUCAGUUUUAGUGUUGUCAUUAAGUACUUGGAGAUUGAGUGUCAGUGUUGGACUUAUCGAACCAAAGUCAAACCUCUGAUGCAAGACACACGUCUUCAAAAAAUGGGUUAUUUGUGAUUACAACAAGCCUGGCGACCUAAGCCAAGCAAGUCCUCAGAAUGUUCUCCUGUAUAUACAAACCCUUUUUUGAUAAAAAAUAAUCCAAACUAUAGGAACAAAAGGGAACAACAAGAGUCCUCAAAAGUAUAGUAAAACCAGACCCCGGAUGAGGUUUAUGGGCACUUGCAUUGUUCUCACCUUUAGUAUCCCUCUUCUGUGGUACCGUUAGACAAAAGAUCGACCAAUUUAUGGGGUACCAUUGUUCCGUUUGUGCGCGUAUACCCCAUAAGGUAGCGCUCGUAAAAAAAAAAAACCACUAUAGCUUAUACAGAUCAGGCACUUUAAAGCGUGUGUACAUGUUUAACUGUCUGAGGACAGCAAGACAAAGAAAGAAUAUUGGAUUAUUGUUGUGCUCAGACGCACAUCUUUUGUUGAAAACGGUCCUCAAACGUACGGGUGUGUACUGUGGUUAGGAAAGGGUCUUCCCCACAUGCUGGUAUAUAUGUAUGUGUGAACGCAGCCACAGAUAUACGUAUACUUGUGGGGAAGACUAUUGUUUCCCUUCUUCUGUUCUGCUUUGUUCCUAUUGAAAUCUCAACCUCCAUAGCGCUCCCUUAUGGGACAGAUAGAUUUCUAAAGACUUCGUUUUGGGUUCUAUUGUAAAUAUUGUUCUAUUGUGUUUUCUACCCCAUAAUGGAACCAUGUACGUGUACAGGUUUUGUUUAUGGUGUAAAUCGAGGAUUUCCUAUUGUUCCUCUCUCUCUUUUUACAACAGCUCUCAUUGGUUUCGUACGCGUUUUCUAAUCGAGGACUUCCUCGAUUUGACUCCCGUCCGCAAUUACACAAAGAUGUUUCACAUGUGUGUCCUCGAUUUACACCAUAAAC